AUGCCGUUAGUCAGCAAUAUUGAACCAGGUCCUGAUACUUUCAGAAUACUGCUAACAACGGACAACCAUAUCGGGUUUAUGGAAAAUGACCCGAUCAGGGGUGAUGAUGGUUGGAAAACCUUCUCUGAAAUUCUGCAUCUUGCUGUACUCAAGGACGUGGAUAUGGUGAUUCAAGGGGGUGAUCUUUUCCACAUGAAUCAACCCAGUAAAAAGGCUUACUACCACGUGAUUCAGAUAUUGAGGGAGUGUUGCUGGAAUGAUAAGCCUAUUGAGUUUAGAUUGAUUUCUGAUCCUUCCAAUGCGAUGGCUACUAAGCAUUUCAGCUACCCCGCGGAAUAUGAUAAUAACGUUAAUGUGGGUAUCCCUAUGUAUGCCAUUUCCGGAAACCAUGAUGAUGCUACAGGAGAAGAGUUAUUAUCUCCGUUGGAUUUGCUUUCUGUUGGUGCAUUACUUAAUCACUUUGGACGGGUCACGAAUAAUGAUCAAAUCACCGUGUAUCCUCUAUUGUUUAAUAAGGGUACUACCAACUUGGCGUUGUACGGACUACAGAAUAUAAGAGAAGAGCGUUUGAAGAGGACAAUGGCCUCUAGUAACUUGGAAUUCCUACAGCCUGAUACCGGUACUACAGAUGUUCAGUGGUUCAGUUUGAUGUGUAUUCAUCAGAAUCAUGUCCAAAGACCGGGUAUAAGGGUUGUUGAAGAGAUAAACCUACCGGACUUUCUUGAUUUUAUUUUUUGGGGUCAUGAACAUGAUUGCAUUCCUCAUACAGUAGAGAACCCAUCUACUGGGUUCAACGUUCUACAAGCAGGCUCUUCUAUAGCGACAUCACUAUCGGAAGGAGAACUGGCAGAAAAACAUGUAUUUAUAUUGAACAUUAAGGGGAAGGACUUUUCACUAGAACCAAUUGCAUUGAAAUCUGUACGUCCAUUUGCAAUGAAGAGCGUGGUACUUGCAGAAACGGGGUUAUCUGCCACUUCAUCCAAUAAAGCGGAAGUGCUAAACUUUCUUAUAGGCCAAGUGGAGCAGCUUAUAAAAGAUGCGAUUCAUCGAUGGAAGGAGAAUAAUAAAGACGAAUUCGAUAGUGAAGAGUUGACCGAAGCAGACGUUCCGCUACCUUUGGUGCGAUUAAGAGUCGAAUACAGUGGGGGUUACGAAGUGGAGAAUCCACGAUAUUUCUCGAAUCGAUUUGUUGGUGAGGUGGCUAACGUUAAUGAUGUCCUUACGCUUUAUAGAAAAAAAUCACCCACUAAAGACUUGUUUACUGCCAUGGUGAAAGAGAGCAGAGCGUUUGCAAAAACGUCUUCAAAUGAACAAGGCUCAGAAAGUCAGACGGGAGACUCCAAUAUAUUUGGAAUGAUUGAAAAUCAGUUGAAUGAUAAUGAUUUGAUACUUAUACGGAAGGAUGAGUUUUCAAAUACUUUGAGUGAUCUCAUCUCAAAGGAUAAUAAAGUUGUUUUAGAUGAUUUCGUGAAGGAAGAAGAGGAUAAGAGUUUGGAGCUGUUGAAAAAGUUGGCAUUGACAGAUGAUGAGGCCACCAGCAAGGAUGUUUCGCAAGUUAAGAAGAGCUUCAGGAGGCUAGCCAAGAGGAUACGUGUUGAGGCAGAAUAUGCGGGAGCUGAUGACAUUACAGGGUCUACAAUUGAGCCUAACCGCGCUGCUUCGGUAGAAGUUCCUCUUGAGCCUAUGGAGAUAUCUGACGAGGAAUCUCUCAGACUCACUAGAACUUCUAGAACUACGGAAAUACGUGAGCAAAAGGCAGAACCAAAACAGGUCAAGCGGACGACUAAAGCCAAACAAUCGCAUCUUGCACCCAGCUUGUUCAGUGGACUAGGUAGAAGAAAGUGA